UAUGGACCCCGGUGCAAGUCCAUUGGAAAAGGCAUCUGCAACAAAAUCACCAGCAGUCCCAUGACAGUUCAGCAGCUGGGACCUGUUUCACCUCCUGCUAAUCUGGUUUCAGCAGCAUGCAACCAGACCAGCCCUAGCUUACAGGGUUUUAUGGAUGCUUCCAGCCUGAGUGCUUCUCCAUCAGAUACAAGGUCACUCUUGUCAGCCGAGUCUCUGGCCUCUACAACGUUAAGUUUGUCAGAAAGUCAGUCCACUUUGAGUGUUAAGCAAGAGUGGUCGCAUGGGUACAAGACGCUUCCUGUUGUUCCUCCUGACCAAGGUUUACAAAAUGUCAGUGAGCUGGGUGACUUUCUAAAUUUUUCACCUGGAACAUCUGUGUCCGGUAACUGCGUCUGUAACUCAUUACCGUCCUACUUAUAUGGCAUGGAAAAUAAGCAUUCCCCUUACUCUAGUCCUUGCCAUUCCUCAACCCAGUCUCAACCAGUCCGCUCCAAAAAGAGAACACUCUCUCUAUCUCCUCUGUCUGACGGCAUUGGUAUUGACUUCAAUACAAUCAUCCGUACAUCUCCAACCUCUCUGGUGGCCUACAUCAACAGCUCCAGGACAUCACCAGCAAACGUCUCCCCACAGCCUGAGGUCUACGGACAUUUUUUGGGAGUGAGAGGAAGCUGCAUACCCCAAAAUUGCUCUAUUCCAACUGCCCAGAAAGGCCUACUCAUGGCUAAUGGUAACGCCACCUUCCCAGGGUACAUUGAGAAUGGGGCUGGUGCAUACCAGCGGAUGCAGCAGCUGGAGCAAGCUAGCUUGCAGAUGGCCGCCACAAGUAACAUGGUGAUCCAGCAGGGUGUGCCACCCAUGGACAAUCAGACGGUGGGUGUCCUGAAAAAUGAACGGCUGGGUGACUUCUCAGGCCAUACGGUCAACAUAUCUCCUCCACUCCUGCUGCCACCGCCUCCUCCACAAGGGCCACCCCCACCAUACCAUGCUCACCAGCACCGGCAUCCGCACAGCCUCCCCGGUCGCAUUCACCCACUGCCUGUGCCACCUCCUGCCCCAGACUCCCUGCUUGACGAAGAUGGUGAGCUAGAUGAUUACAAUGACAAGCAUGGCUGUCGCUGGCUUGACUGUGGUGCUCUGUAUGACCAGCAAGAGGAACUUGUGCGGCACAUAGAGAGGAUACAUAUAGACCAGAGGAAGGGAGAAGACUUCACUUGCUUCUGGGCAGGGUGCCCACGAAGGUACAAGCCAUUUAAUGCCCGUUAUAAACUGCUGAUUCACAUGAGAGUCCACUCAGGAGAGAAGCCGAACAAAUGCACA